AUGGCCAAGGUUUCUACUGCCGUCUCUAGCUCCCGCAGCAAGGCUCGCAAGGCCCACUUCACUGCUCCUUCCCAUGUGAGACGUGUUAUUCUGUCUGCUCCUCUGUCCAAGGAGCUCCGUGAGCAGUACAAGGUCCGCUCCCUCCCUGUCCACAAGGACGACGAGGUUCAGGUUGUCCGUGGCUCCCAGAAGGGCCGUGAGGGUAAGAUCACCCAGGUCUACAGACUCAAGUGGGCUGUUCAGAUUGAGAAGGUCACCAAGGAGAAGUCCAACGCUGCCACCGUCCCCAUCAACAUCCACCCCUCCAACGUUGUCAUCACCAAGCUUUCUGGUGACAAGGACAGAGCUGCUCUCAUUGCCGCUAGAGGUGGUGCUGUUGCUCAGGAGUAA